GCCGCCAUGUCUUUCCCUUUCAAGAAAGUGCUCAUCAUCGGCGCCACUUCCGGCAUCGGCAAAGCUCUAGCCACCAAGCUGGUCCAAAACGGCACCCCGGUCAUCGUCGCCGGCCGGCGCAAGAAGAACCUCGAUGCAUUCGUCGCGCAGCAUGGCAGCGACAACGUUCAUGCUGCCGUCUUCGACGUGAUGCAGCUCGACAAGAUCCCGCAAUUCGCCUCUGAUAUCACCACCGCCCACCCCGAUCUGGACUGCAUCUUCCUCAACUCCGGCAUCCAGCGGCCCUUCGACUUCGCCCGCCCGGAGACCGUCGACCUCGACACCUUCGACCGAGAGCUGAUCACCAACUACACCUCAGCGGUGCGGCUGACAAAUGCCUUCUUGCCGCAUCUGCAGCAGCAGCCGCGGCCGACGGCGCUGAUCUACACGACCUCGCAGAUGGCGCUGGUGCCCAUGAUGCGGUGCCCUAACUACGGCGCCUCCAAGGCGGCGCUGCACCACUUCAUCCUAGCGCUGCGCACGCAGCUCCGCGACGGCGCCGGCAACGUCCGCGUGCUGGAGAUCUACCCGCCUGCCGUGCAGACGGAGCUGCACGACGCCAAGCAUCAGCCUGACCUGAAGGACGGGCACCUGAUCGGCAUGCCGCUGCAGGAGUUUGUGGAUGAGGUCUGGACGCGGUUGACGCGCGGCGAGGAGCAGAUCCCCGUGGGCUCGGCGCAGGAGAUCUUCGAGGCUUUCGAGGUCAAGCGGCAGGAGCUUUACAAGGGGAUGACGGAGAUGUUGGCGGGGCUGUUGAAGCAGUUUCUGCGG